AAAUGGCACGCGAUGAAGAUAAUGGAUUUGACGACUGGGGCGGUUACUUUGAAGCCAAGAAAUUAAAGCUCGAGGAGCAAUUCGCGGCAGCCAGUAAUCCGUUUCGCAAGUCGACUCUAUUUGAAAAUAUAUCCAUAUUUGUAAAUGGUCUAACCAAUCCAUCAGCGGAUGAGCUGAAGCGCAUUAUGAUGGUGCACGGUGGCACCUAUCACCAUUAUGAACGCUCGCAUACGAAUUUCAUCAUUGCGUCCAAUUUGCCGGAUUUCAAAGUGCGCAAAAUGAACACCAAUAGAAUUCUAAGCGCGCAAUGGGUUGUGGACUGUGUGCAGCAGAUGCGUGUGCUGGACUAUAAGCCAUAUUUGUUGUAUACCAAUCAAAAGACAACGCAGCCGCGUCUAAAUUUUGGCAAAGGCAAAGACAAAGACGACAGCACAGUGGCUGAGCCGGAAACUGUAACGAAUGCGCUGGAAAAUCAACUGGGUGGCAUACUUAAGGAACUGCAGCAGGCUGUGGCUACUUCACCGGAACAGAAGAACAGCAGCAAGUUAAACAAUAUAAGCGCUAACAACAACAGCCACAGUGCACGCACUGCCGUUGAUCCAGCGUUUCUCAGCGAGUUCUAUAAAAACUCACGUCUGCAUCAUAUUGCAACACUGGGCUCGGGUUUCAAGCAGUAUGUUUGUGAGCUGCGUCAAGCGCAUGGCAAUGGAACAUUCAAGAAACGAGCAGAGCUGCGCGAGGCACUGCCUCGCGAUGUGGCAUACACAUCUGGCAAGCGCUAUGUGAUGCACAUAGACAUGGACUGCUUCUUUGUUUCGGUAGGACUGCGCAAUCAUCCAGAGCUGCGUGGUUUGCCCAUAGCUGUAACACAUUCCAAAGGCGGCAGCGCUGCUACAGAUGUGCCCGUGCAUCCGCAGUCGGAUCGUCAGCUGGAGAAGGAGCUGUUUGCCCAGCGCUUCGAGCAUGUAAUGCAUGAUAACAAUCUCGUGGACAAAGUGCGCGGUGGCUUUGAGAAGAAGAGUUCGCUCUCAGAGAUUGCUUCCUGCAGCUAUGAGGCGCGUCAGAAGGGCAUAAAGAAUGGCAUGUUUGUGGGCCAGGCGCUAAAGCUGUGCCCGGAGCUCAAGACCAUACCCUAUGACUUUGAGGGCUAUCGUGAGGUAGCCUAUGCCUUGUAUAACGCUGUGGCACAGUACACACUCAAUAUAGAGGCUGUAAGCUGCGAUGAAAUGUUUGUAGAGCUGACAGAGCUCAUUGAUGAUCUGCAGUCAAAUGUUAUGAGCUUUGUAACACAUUUACGGCAAGAAGUAUGGAGCAAAACGGGCUGUCCUUGCUCUGCAGGCGUUGGCGAAAAUAAAUUGCUGGCGCGCAUGGCUACCAAGCAGGCCAAGCCCAAUGGACAGCAUUUGCUGGCAGUUGCUGAUGUGUCGCAGUAUAUGUCCACGCUGGCUUUGGAGGUGCUGCCAGGCGUGGGCAGCAGCAUGAGCUAUAAGCUCAAUCAGGCUGGCCUGAAUACUUGCGGUGAUGUGCAGCAGGUAUCCUUGGUGCGCUUAGAGCUGUUGCUGGGCAAGAAAAUGGCGCUGACAUUGUAUCAAAAUUGUCGUGGCAUUGAUACGCGCGCGCUAAACUAUGAACAGCAACGCAAAUCUGUGUCCGCUGAAGUAAACUAUGGCAUACGCUUUACCCAAGCGCAGGAGCUGGAUACUUUUCUGCGUCAGCUUUGCACAGAGGUGCACAAUCGUCUGCUGGAGAUCAAGCGCAAAGCUAAGACUAUUACUUUGAAGCUGAUGGUGCGUGCUGCUGAUGCGCCCGUCGAAACUUCCAAGUUUAUGGGUCAUGGCGUUUGUGAUACUCAAACCAAGUCGGUGCAGCUGCCGCAAGGCACCAGUGAUGUUACUGUUAUUACUCAGAGUGUGCUUAAAAUGAUGAUGGAAAUGGAAGUGCCGCCGCAUGAGCUGCGUGGCCUGGGUGUGCAUCUAAGCAAGCUGGAUGAACUAGAAGUCAAAAAGGAAAAUGUUUUGAAAAAUAUGUUUAGCAAAAUAUCAGAAAAGCAAAAGAAUAAGCCUAAGGAGCAGCGAGAAGAGCCAGUAGAGGACAAAAAGCAGAUCGAGGAACCCAAGCGCAAGUCGCCUCGGGUGAGUGUAUUUAAUAUGCUUAAGCAAGCGGCGGACAAAAAGCAAAGUACAAAAAGCAAGCAGCGCAAGGAGGAACAACAAAGCAGCGAGCAGCUGCAACAUGAGAUGAGCGAGCAGCAGCUGGAAACCAAGUCAAAGCCCAUGCUGCCUGCAUCCUUAGCGCAAUUCGAUGCAGAUGUGCUGGCGCAGCUGCCUGAGGAAAUACGCCGUGAGAUACUCAACGAACCGGAGGCAUACUUGCGACUGACUGCAGCUGAUAAACACGAGAGUGAGCCCAAGCGCAAAAGAAAAAUGAAGCGUAUAGCGACAGCGCCACGUUCACGUUCCUCAACGCCGCCACCGCCGCCGCCUCGCAUGCGUAAAUCCACGCUGGAGCACUCACCUUUGAAUGAAAGUGACUUGCAGCCUUCCACGUCGAAAGAUGCGUUGGAGAAGCAGCUUAAACGCGCCUGCCGUGUGGAUCAGAUUGUCAUAGACUAUGCGCAGCAGCUGCCCAGGCAUAUGCAUCCAGUCAUACUGGAGCAUUUGAAGAGCAACGAUGUGAUACCAAAGUCAGCCAGAGCUGCUUCGCCUGCUGCGCCUGACAAUAUUUUUCUGGAUGACAACUAUAAGACGAUGCUGGCCAGCUGGGUAAAGAGCACCGAGAUUCCACAGCAGGCUGAUGUGAAUCUAAUGUAUAUGAAUAUUUCGCUUUUGGUGGAGGACAAUCGCAUGAAUGAUGUCUAUGAUAUUAUGAAGUAUCUAUGUCGUUUGAUCAAGUCCAAGCGUAGGAAUUGCUGUCGCUGGCAUAUGGCCUACAAUGAAAUCGAGUCCAACAUACAGGAGAAAGUGCAGGAGGAACUGGAUGUCAACAUUUAUUUUACCGAAGCUAUAGAUUGUUAUAAAUGUACCUAAGCUUGAAUCUCUCUGCAGUUCUCUCAAUUAUUGUUGAUAACUCUAUAAACUUAUAAGCUCAGGAAGAGACAAAUAGGCCGGGCCCAACACCUGGCGGAACUGCCAAGUCAUAAUUUGCAGUUUAAUGCAAAAGCGUCGCCUCACCGCAGUUAAUCGUUGAACGCUGCAGACAGCGCGUUGUAAUAUGUAAUUGAAUCGCCUGUUGCAGCCACCGACUCAGCCUCAGCCUGUUUCUACUUAUACACUCCCCGUCCAGGUUGCAAUCUCAACGCUGCUGCUGCUGCUGCAACCUGACAAACUGUAACAAUUAUUGUGGCCAGCAAUCCCACACAUCUUACCACACAGUUUCUUUGCUGCUGCAGCUGCUGCUGCUGCCUUUUUGCCGCAGUCAGUAAUUAAAAAUAGUCAAGCUGCAUUUCUUGCAACGCAUCCGGUGCGCCUUGCCACCUAGUUGCUGCCUGUUUUUAGCCUGGAUUUACAUGCGCUCUGCGCUUUGUCUGAUUUAAUUAUGUGCACUAAAGGCGUCGUUGUUUCAUAAAUUUAAUGCAUCCUGUUGUUGCCGCAGCAGCAGCAACAGUUGCAACACAGUAGCUUGACUUGACUUGAUUUUUAACAUGUGUAUGCUUAAAUACAUAAAAAUGAUCUGGUCUGGGCCCAGCCUGAGAUGCAAAUGUUGUCAAGUUUUUCUUUUGCUGGCAACUCUUUUGAUAGACUUGUUGGCAGCGGGCAGCAACUGUUGUUGCCGGGACAACAUGAUUUGUCAACAAGUUCGCGCAGGCGCAGACUGACAGUGGCAAGUUGGCCAAGAGUUUGUUGGAAAUUUAAGAUUACAGCUUUAAGCGUAGAUUGAUUAAUUUUAAAAUAAAUGCCAGCAGAUGUUGCCGCUCAUUUUGCUUGUAAGCGUUCAAAGAAUGCUGACAGGCCUUUAAUUAUAAAAGAAGCUUUAUUAACGCUUAAAACAUUUUA